AUGUCUCUGGCCACUCUUGAUGUAUCCCAACAUCCCAACCUGCGCACCGCCGCUGUAACCCUGUUCGAAGCAAAGGCGAAGAAGCAGGUGACCUUCGAGGCGAUUGCAAAAGAGAUUGGUCGAGACGAGGUGGCGGUGGCCGCUUUGUUCUACGGACAAGCGAAGGCGUCACCAGAGGAUAUCAAGAACCUGGCAAAGUAUUUGGAUAUCGACCAUGCCACUCUCGAGUCGCAGAUGAGCGGGUUCCCAGACCGAGGAAAGAGUAUAGAAAUGCCGCCGCGGGAGCCUCUGAUCUAUCGGCUGUUUGAGAUAGUCCAAAACUAUGGCUAUGCCUACAAAGCUGUGUUGAAUGAGAAGUUUGGUGACGGGAUCAUGAGUGCUAUUUCUUUCUCGACUCAUGUCGAGAAGGAGGUGGAUAACGAUGGGAAUACCUGGGUAAGUCUGGCAUUGCAUUCAAGAGAGGCCACUGGCAAAUUACAAGGCUUACUGGACGCAGGUGAACAUUAA